GGGGGCGGUGGCCCGGCGAGGGAGCGUGGCGGCUAGUUGCUCGAGGGGUUGGCGGCGGCAGCCCGAGGGCGGCGCAAGGCCUGAGGCCCAGCACAGGUGGGUUCCGUAGCGGCCCGGCCCCACUAUUUGCCAGCACCUGCUGCCCGCCUAGACCCAGCGCUCGGGCGUCCCGCGCUGCACUUGCUCGCCGCGUGACUGGAGGACCGAGCCCCACAUUUUCUUUAUGUGGCUGUGGCGUGGGGACAGUAAUGCUCUGUGCACGUGAUGUCCGAGCUCAGUGAUGAAGCCAGCGAGCCGGAACUCCUGAACCGCAGCUUGUCCAUGUGGCAUGGGCUGGGGGCACAGGUCAGCCGGGAGGAGCUGGACGUCCCCCUGGAUCUUCACACAGCUGCUUCCAUUGGCCAGUAUGAAGUGGUGAAGGAAUGUGUGCAGCGGAGAGAGUUAGAUUUGAAUAAGAAGAACGGUGGUGGCUGGACCCCGCUGAUGUAUGCCUCCUACAUUGGCCACGACACCAUCGUGCACCUGCUGCUUGAGGCGGGGGUGAGUGUGAAUGUGCCGACCCCAGAAGGGCAGACUCCACUGAUGCUGGCCUCCAGCUGUGGCAACGAGAGCAUCGCCUACUUUCUCCUCCAGCAAGGUGCAGAGCUAGAAAUGAAAGACAUCCAGGGCUGGACGGCCCUUUUCCACUGUACCAGCGCCGGGCACCAGCACAUGGUCAGGUUCCUCUUGGACAGUGGAGCCAAUGCCAACGUGAGGGAGCCGAUAUAUGGAUUUACUCCUUUGAUGGAAGCAGCUGCGGCUGGCCAUGAGAUAAUCGUGCAGUAUUUUCUGAAUCACGGAGUCAAGGUGGAUGCGAGAGACCACAGUGGAGCCACAGCCCGGAUGCUGGCCAAGCAGUACGGACACAUGAAGAUCGUGGCCUUGAUGGACACUCACUCGCCCUCUCUGCCCAAGAGCCUCUAUCGGAGCCCAGAAAAGUACGAAGAUCUGAGCUCCUCUGACGAGUCCUGCCCUGCUCCUCAGAGACAGAGGCCGUGCCGGAAGAAGGGUGUCAGCAUCCACGAGGGACCGCGAGCCCUGGCCAGGAUCACAGGCAUUGGCCUGGGCGGUAGAGCCCCACGGCCUCGCUAUGAGCAGGCUCCUCCCCGGGGCUAUGUCACCUUCAGCAGCAGUGGUGAGAACGCCCUGGAAGAAGAGGGCCUCUGCUGCCGGGACGUCACCUCCCCCAUCAACGAACGGGACGUGGAGAGCAGCAGCAGCAGCAGCAGCCGGGAGGAACAUGCUUUCUGUGCCAACCUGGAGCCUGUCCAGAGCAGCAGCAGCAGCGAGGGCCUGGCCAGAGCCCAGGGGCUCAGCAGCGAAGCUUCUGUGGAGAGCAAUGAGGACUCGGACCACGCCUGUAAAAGCUCAGCUCGCAAACAAGCUAAAAGUUACGUGAAGACCAAGAAUCCUGACAGCCAGUGGCCUCCCUGCACUGGGACUGACGGGGAAGACUUUCCCCUUGAGUCCAGCCCCCAGACUCAGAGGGCCCCCUACUCAGGACCGCAGGACCUGGCCACACUGCUGGAGCAGAUCGGGUGUCUGAAGUACCUGCAGGUGUUUGAGGAGCAGGACGUGGACCUCCGCAUCUUUCUGACCCUCACUGAGAGUGACCUGAAGGAAAUCGGCAUCACGCUGUUUGGGCCCAAGAGGAAAAUGACAUCCGCCAUUGCCCGCUGGCACAGCAGUGCCCGUCUGCCCGGGGACGCCCUGGAGCUGGCCUACGCCGACCGGCUGGAGGCUGAGAUGCAGGAGCUCGCCAUCCAGCUGCACAAGCGCUGUGAGGAGGUAGAGGCCAUGCGGGGCCAGGUGUGCCAGGAGCAGGAGCUGCGUGCCGUGGUGGAGAGCUGCCUGCUGGAGCAGGACCGUGCCCGCGAGGACCUCCAGGCCCACCUGCAGGAGACGUGGGCCCUGGCCCGGGACGCUGCCCUUGUCCUGGACCAGUUGCGAGCCUGUCAAGCUGAGCUGUCAUCCCGAGUGAGGCGGGACCAUCCCCCUGGUGCAGCCACCCUGGGCCCAGGCCUCCCCGCAGCUGGUAAGAGCAGCGGCCUGACUCCGCACUGGGCAGAGGAGAAAGCGGGGAGCCCUGAAGCGGGGUUUGACCCAGCGGGUUUGGCCUGGUUCUCUGGCCGGCAGCCACUCUCCAGGUCCCUGUGUGCACAUGAUCCCAGAGUCCAAGGAGAGGGGGCCCUGGGCACCCAAGCCCACUUCCUCACCUGUGACGGGAAAACCGCCUACCCCAGGGGUGGGAGGCAUUGUGCCAUGGCUGCCUGUGCUGUGCUCAGACCGCCAGUGACUUCUGCAGCCUCCAGCCAGGGCCCAGACCCGGGUCCCCACCGGCACAGCUUUGUCUUCUCUUGGGCUGACCCAGGCCUCAUAGUGUUUGCUUAGCCCGUGGGAGGAAGGGCACAACAGGGCUCCCCAGCCUUGGCCCUAGGAGGUCGCUUCGACACUGCCAGGCGGGUGGGGAGGCUCUGAUCCAAGCAGCUUCUCCUGGUUGCAUGGGCUCAGAAUAAAGCAGGGCCUGUGGGGACACAGACCCACAGCUAACUCCAUCCUGCACCACAGACGCCAAGGGCUGGCAAGUGUCCCUGCAGGCCAUGAGCCUCCCCGAGCUCUCGGGAGCCCUGGAGGACCGUGUCCACGAGAUGGGUGAGUCUC